AUGGAGAGUGAAAAUAAAAUUACCCAAGAAAAUCAUGACCAAGCCAUCGGUCUAGAAAAGUCUAUCCUGGUCGAAAGCAUCAAGCAACAAUAUCAGAGAUGUUGCUGCAUUUACUACAAUACACAUUUAAGAGAGAUCAAAGCUAAACUACCCGAUCCAGAAUCUAAUAAACACUGAGUAAACCAUCAGCUUCAAAUUGCUUUUGCACUUCUUAGAUAUAUGAACCUUAUGAAAAAAUUAAAGCUUCUAAAAUUCUCCAACAUAAAAAAGGCAGGAUUGCAUAUUGGCAAAAUGAGAAAUUAAGCAUAUUCUAAAUUUCGUAGAUUUCUCAUUGCCCAAUAAAAUGGAAGAGUUAGAUGUUUAUCUCACUUUUGAAAAGAAACUGAAUAGAGCUACUUACUUUAACUCAUUGGUCAGGAUCAGCUCUAAAGUAACCCGAAGAGUGGGAUUCCAAUUUUUCUGUCUUAGCCUUAACCAACUGAAGAGGUUGGUGGCAGCUUACAGACAUGUGAAAAUAUUGGAUAUUUGGGAUUGCAAGUUGUCCAUUCCAACAGUUCCUGAUUUCUCAAGGGCUCUUCAAAAUUGCCAAGUUCUGGAAAUUAGUUUAUCAGGGACAGGAUACUAUUAUCACAGCAAUUGGAAGGAUCACCCUGAAGAGUUCAAAAACUUGAUACAAGGAUUCGCAACAUCUUCAGAUUUAAAGUUGAGUCUCAGAAAAGUAACAAUUGAGGAUUGUGAAAUAAAGAAAAGUGAAGCUCAAAAAAUCUUUGCAGAAUAUCAAUUCGAAGGUGUAGAAAUAACUGAUGUAUCUUAA